CAAAGAAGCAAGCAUGGCUUUGUUUUCUCAUUCACUUCUUCAUAUUUAUGCCUUAGUAAUGAUCCUAAUUGUGCCCUUUGAUUUCAACAACCUUUUGAUUGGUGUAUCAUCAACCACUCUUAGCAUCACCACAGACAAAGAAGCCUUAAUCUCAUUAAUGUCUCAAUUGAGUACUACCAAUGACACUUCUAGUUCUAGUACUAGUUCUCAUCCAUUAUCCUCUUGGAGCCAUAAUUCAUCUCCUUGCAAUUGGACCGGAGUCCUAUGUGACAAGCAUAGCCGAAGAGUGAUUUCCUUAGAUCUUUCAGGCUUUGGACUCUCGGGUAACUUGAGCCCUUAUAUAGGUAACAUCUCCUCUCUUCAGUCCCUACAAUUGCAGAAUAACCAGCUCACAGGAUUCAUUCCUAACCAAAUUACCAAUCUGGACAGUUUGAGAGUUCUAAAUAUGAAUUCUAACAGAUUAGAAGGAAUGCUUCCUUUAAACCUUACCUGCUUAAAUAAGCUCGAGAUUCUUGAUUUGUCCUCAAACAAGAUUGUAAGCAGAAUUCCUGAAGACAUCAGCAGCUUGAAAAAGCUGCAGGUCUUAAAACUUGGAAAGAAUAGCCUCCAUGGUACAAUUCCAGCAGCUCUAGGAAAUAUUUCAUCUCUGAGAAAUAUAAGUUUAGGCACCAACUCUCUUAGUGGCUGGAUUCCUAGUGACUUAGGUAGGCUACACAAUCUAAUUGAGCUUGAUCUCACUAUUAACAAUCUUACUGGGACUGUUCCAUCUGUUGUAUAUAAUUUGUCUUCUCUAGUUAAUUUGGCCUUAGCUGCAAACUCCUUUUGGGGUGAUAUUCCGUAUGAUGUUGGUCAUAAACUUCCCAAACUACUAGUGUUCAAUUUUUGCUACAAUAAAUUCACAGGUAGAAUUCCAGGGUCUUUGCACAACCUUACAAAUAUUAGGGUCAUUCGCAUGCUCUCUAACCUUUUGGAAGGAACGGUUCCGCCUGGUUUGGGAAAUCUCCCAUUUCUUCAACUGUAUAAUAUUGGCCAUAACAGGAUAGUCAGCUCAGGAAUCAAAGGCUUGGAGUUCAUCACAUCAUUGGCAAACAGCACUCAUUUGAACUUUCUAAACAUUAAUGGCAAUAUGCUAGAAGGUGACAUUCCUGGAACCAUUGGCAAUCUCUCCAAGGAUCUCUCAAUUUUAUACAUGGGAGGGAAUCGUUUCAAUGGAAGUAUUCCCUCUUCCAUUGGUCGUCUUAGUGGCUUGAAGUCGUUUAACUUGAGCUACAAUUCAAUUAGUGGAGAGAUUCCAAAGGAGUUAGGAAAGUUAGAGGAACUACAAGAGUUAUAUCUGACUGGAAAUAAGAUAUCAGGAGCUAUUCCAAUCCCCCUUGGUAACUUAAUAAAGUUAAACAAGAUUGAUUUGUCAAGAAAUGAACUUGUUGGUAAAAUACCAUUCAGUUUUCAAAAUUUUCAAAACCUGCUCUACAUGGACUUAUCUAGUAACAAACUCAAUGGAAACAUACCUGCGGAAAUCCUCAACCUCCCAACUUUAAGCAUUGUCUUAAACUUAUCAAACAAUUUUUUGAGUGGACCAAUACCUCAAUUUGGGAAAUUAACUAGCAUUGCCUCCAUUGACUUUUCAAACAACCAAUUGUAUGGCACCAUCUCCAGCUCAAUAGGCAGUUGCUUGAGCUUGGAGAAAUUGUUUUUGGCUAGGAAUAUGCUUUCAGGUUCCAUUCCAAAAGAACUUGGAGAUGUGAGAGCCUUGGAAUCUUUGGACUUGUCCUCCAACCAACUCUUUGGACUCAUUCCUAUUGAACUUCAAAAUCUGCAUGCCCUUCAGCUUUUAAACCUCUCUUACAAUGAUUUAGAAGGAGCCAUUCCUAGUGGUGGAGUUUUCCAAAUUCUCUCUGCUGUCCACUUAGAAGGCAAUAAAAAGCUAUGCUUGAAAUUUGCAUGUGUGCCUCAAGUCCAUAGAAGAGGACAUGUCAGACUUUAUAUCAUCAUAGCUACAGUGGUAAUAUUUGUUGUACUAUGUCUCACAAUUGGCUUGCUACUACUAUAUAUGAAUUACCGAAAGGUGAAGAUAACAGCAAUAGAAGCAUCUAAACAGCUAAAGCCACGGGCUCCAUUGGUCUCUUAUGACGAGCUUCGCUUGGCAACUGAGGAGUUCAGGGAAGAAAAAUUAUUAGGAACUGGGAGUUUUGGGUCAGUUUAUAAAGGACAGCUAUGUCAGGGAAACAUUAUAGCAGUGAAAGUACUUGACACACUAAGAACAGGUUCUUUAAAGAGUUUCUUUGCAGAGUGUGAGGCUAUGAAGAACUCAAGGCACAGAAAUCUUGUUAAGCUAAUCACAUCAUGCUCUAGUGUUGAUUUUAGAAAUAAUGAUUUUCUGGCUUUGAUCUACGAGUACUUAAGUAACGGGAGCUUGGAAGAUUGGAUUAAGGAGAGGAGAAAGCAUGGAAAUGGAAACGGUUUGAACCUUAUGGAGAGACUAAAUAUAGCUAUAGAUGUUGCUUCUGCAUUAGAUUACCUGCACAAUGACAGUGAAACUCCAAUUGUGCACUGUGAUAUUAAGCCGAGUAACAUUCUCCUGAAUGAAGAUAUGACUGCAAAGGUUGGAGACUUUGGUUUGGCUAGGUUACUGAUUCAAAGAUCAAACAAUCAAUUUUCCAUUAGUUCCACUAAUGUCCUUAGAGGUUCAAUCGGUUACAUACCUCCAGAGUAUGGAUGGGGAGAGAAAGCGUCUGCAGCAGGAGAUGUAUAUAGUUUUGGGAUAGUGAUACUAGAGCUCUUCUCUGGGAAGAGUCCACAAGAUGAUUGCUUCAGUGGAGGCCUGAGCAUAGCAAAAUGGGUGCAAUCAGCAUUCAAAAACAAGACUGUUCACGUCGUUGACCCUCAGCUUCUAUCCCUCAUUUAUGAUGAGGACUCUGCUAGAGACACCAAUCUACAAAUUCAGUGUGUGGAUGCAAUUAUGGGAGUUGGCAUGUCCUGCACUACAGACAAUCCACAUGAUCGCAUUGGCAUUAGAGCUGCUGUUUGCCAACUAAAAGCUGCCAUGGACUUUCUUCUGAAUAAAAUCUGAUAUUAAGAGUCCUAAGGGACUUUCUUCUGAAUAAAUACUUGUAUUAUGAUAUAUAGUAAAAAUUGAUAUGCAUCUCUACCACUGCAAUUAGAUAGCAUGGUUGACUUUGCUUAAUACAAUAAAGGUGAUUUCUGGGAAUUUGAGUGCUCUGUGCAACUUU